AGGCGGGCAUGAUCUAUGAGCAAAACCUCCACCAUGAGUCUCCUCCAUAAACCAAAGAGUGAGAUGACCCCAGAGGAGCUGCAGAAGCAGGAAGAGGAGGAGGAAUUCAACACAGGUCCCCGCACAGUGCUCGCGCAAUCAGUGAAGAACAACACACAAGUGCUCAUUAACUGUUUCAACAACAAGAAGCUACUGGACCAGGUGAAGACCUUUUACAGACACUGCAACAUGGUGCUGGAAAAUGUGAAGGAGAUAUUGACCAAGGUCUCCAAGAGUGGCAAGGGCAAAAAGAAGUCCAAGCCUGUCAACAAGGACCGUUACAUCUCCAAGAUGUUCCUGCGCGGGGACUCAGUCAUCAUGAUGCCAUGGAACUUGCUUAUUGAUAGCAAGAAAAGUUGA